AUGAACUGACUUCCAGUUUGUGUUCACACCGUUUCACAGAGGUGAUGAUUCACCUGUGUGGUCUGACGUGUAUGAGGGAAACACGGUGUUACCGGAGCGGGUGUUACCGGAGCGGCUGCUCCAGCUGAUCCAGCCUUUCCCCGGUCCGGUGCACCGUGGCGUGAAACGCGCGCAGCAGAGUGCGUCAUGACCUUUAGUUAAUGAGUAGCUGUGUGCGAUGCCCCUUGAUGUGCACGCUGGGACCGUGCACACCGCCCAUCAGCAUCUGUCAGAGACCGUGCGUCAGCAGCCACUUCUCACUUCUGCUCUUCUUAGGUGGGGACGCUUCAGGCUGAACUGGGAGAACGAAGAGCAAUGGAGCUGCUACUGGCUCACCCAGCCAUCAAAGCCUUCAUGUGUGGCUCCCUCAGUGGGACCUGCUCCACGCUGCUGUUCCAGCCUCUUGACCUGGUCAAGACCCGCCUCCAGACGCUGCAGGGCGGCGUGCAGCCUGGCUCGGGCAGAGUGGGGAUGAUGACGGUGCUGCAGAGCGUGGUGCGCACAGAGCGGCUGCUGGGACUGUGGAGAGGAGUUUCACCGUCCUUCGCUCGGACCAUCCCGGGUGUGGGGAUCUACUUCAGCACCUUCUACUCUCUGAAGCAGCACUUCUUCCAGGACAGCAGCCCAGGGCCCGUGGGGGCCGUGCUGCUGGGAGCAGGGGCCCGGACGGUGGCAGGGGUCUCCAUGCUGCCAGUCACUGUCAUCAAGACACGCUUUGAAUGUGGCAGGUACAGUUACAGGAGUGUGACCGGAGCUCUGCGCACCGUGUGUCAGACUGAGGGUCCUGCAGCUCUGUUCUCAGGCCUGAUGGCCACUCUCCUCAGAGACGUACCCUUCUCUGGAAUCUACGUCAUGUUCUACAGCCAGACCAAGGCCUCGCUGCCAACAGAGAUCAGCACGUCUCCCUCGGCGCCCCUGGCUAACUUCACCUGUGGGAUCCUGGCCGGUGUGUUGGCGUCUCUGGUCACCCAGCCUGCCGACGUGGUGAAGACACAUGUCCAAGUGAAUCCACGACUGAGGACGGUGGAGGCUGUCAGAUGCAUCUAUGUGGAGCACAGACUCCAGGGCUUCUUCAGGGGGGCAGUGCCUCGGACACUGAGGAGGACCCUGAUGGCUACCAUGGCGUGGACGGUGUAUGAGCAGAUGAUGGCCCGCCUCGGGCUGAAGUCCUGACGGGGGGCGACGUCUUGUUGUCGACGGCGCAGAGGAGUCGCUCACGUGCCGAGGCUUUCUACGAGUUGAAAUGUCUGACUAAACAAAGCCUGCACUGGCCUGGCUGACACUCACACUACGGGACGGAGCUGGAGACUUUGUUCGACCAGAUGUGCCGAGGAUUUAGACUCGGCAGUAACUGAGAUUCACGUCAGUGGGAGAAACCGUCUCUGGUUUACUGUGGUUAUGGAACACGAGGUUUCAGAGAGACUGCAGUGACGCGGUCCAGUGAGGGUCCUCCUCAGAAGACACUGGCCCAGAUACAGACUUUGGUGCUGUACGUUAACCUGAGCUGCUCUGGUCACAGUUUAAGUCCAGGACGGUUUUCAUCACAGUGAUAUCUGCCCACCCACACCGGUGCUUGUAGUGGCCACUCAGCACAUUCAUCUGCCUGAAAAUGUGAUGAUCUUUGUAAAACUCCCCAUCCCACCUGUGAGACCCCCUGUCCUUGGUCCUGCUGCUCUAGGUGUUUUAGAUUGUUUUAAAGCUCCAAGUCUUUGGAUUGUGUUGAUUUUUCUGAACACAAAAAGUUGUACUACUUUUUUAAAUGUCUGAAUAAAUAAAUAAGCCACUGGUGAGGAAGA